AUGAUGGACGUAAGCCCCGCCCGUUUUCACCCGAAACGAGAGCGGUUGUCUCAUGAACUGCGUCAACCUGAACACCAUAUACAACGGGAUCCAUCCAUCGUCUUCUGAAUAUACCUCCUCCAGCAAUUUCAAACUCGCCUCACUAUCACCAACAUCCUCAGGCGCAGCAGCACCCUAAACGGGUUUCUAAGCUGGGCCGUGAGCAUGUUUAUGACGUCACGAUUCCCUAACAGGGCUACUGGCGUCAGUGAUUCACAGGGCCAAACGGAACAUCACGGAAAGUGA